AUGGCCAGGCUAAACGACUUUGCUGCUCCGGCAGAGUCUGUCGAGGCUUUGAAACGGCGAUUCGUACGACAAAACCGUGACAUCGUGCGGGUGAAUUCCAUGCAAUCCCUUCGCAUCCGCAGCUUGGAAUCGGAAGUCUCGCACCUUUUGGCCGAAAAUGUAUCUCUGCGUGAACAGAUCAUCAACCUCACUCAGGAGAACGAACGAUUCGAGUCCGCCAAAAUGCUCCACGAGGGGGUCUACGACAUCAAGUCCCGUCUGGAUACGAAAUUGGCUGAGUUGAGUAGCUUGGCUUCGGAGCUUGGAAUGUUGCCUCGCAAAGUAGGCAAAUCAGCUGGGGAUAAGACGGGAACAGACUCCGACCGGGCCAGAGCGACCGCAGAGUCAAAGCAUCGAGCCACGGAUUCGGAGUUCAAUGCAGGCCCCGAGGAUGGAAGGCUUCCAGCAAUCGUGGAAGACAAAUACUACCCCCGAAGAACCCUCGAACAACAAGAAAUUCAGAACCUCGUCCACGCCGAGUCUAGCUUGGAAUCCCCACAGAAUGAUCGUUCAACGCGCGAAGAUCAAGAUCCGAUCAUGGAAAGCCCAAUGCCCGAGCUGAAUGAUAUGCCAUCGGAAAGUCGCAUAGACAACAGUCCCUCCCAGGACGAAGCCGCCCUACCACCAACGCUCGAGACUCGGAAGAAGAAAAAGAAGACCGACUCGGCAACUCAUACAUAUAAACCAUCAUCCCAAAAUGAUCAACCACCCACAACGAAUCAACCCCGAGAGCCGACGAAAUCGGGAUCAAAGCGCAAAUUCAGUCCAGACGAGGACGGGUUUUUGUCGGAUCCGACACCAGAAGAUGACGAGUUCCAGUUUAGCCGCCCUGGUGGAAGCCCCCAGAAAAAGACGGAUCCGUUUGAUUUUAUGCGCCAGGACUUUUCACCCAGCAAAACCUCCGUGGGCAUGAAACGAUCUGCCCAAUCUGGACUUACCAAGCGCAAGGUCCUUGAGCCGAAGAGUUCAAACUCUAAUCUAGGCUCCCCCAAGAAGAUGCGGGCUUCUUUGAAUCCAGACAACAAAGUCCUUCCAAGACCCGGUGCAGAUGAAAACACACGCUCGCCCCAGAAAUCCAAGGCGAUCGAUAUUCAGAAUACGGCAAUCUUGAAUCAGAAACCCCGCGUUGCUCGGCUGGGUGGUGUCUCGCAGAAACCAAGGCGCGCUGGCCGGCCUAUUGAAACGGAUGACUCUCUCGAGGCCGAACCCAAGUCCACAUUACCAAAGGACUCACCAGUGGCAAAGGCAGGGGACCAAGCCUUUGGGAUGUCGGAUACGAACGCCGGCUCUCGCACUUCCCGGCGUCGUGGAGCUGUGGUCAGUUAUGCAGAGCCUAACUUGCGAGACAAGAUGCGUCGCCCGUCCAAGACCAUGAUUGAUGCCGUGGCUGGAGCUGGUCCUCGCCGGUCAUCGAGUUUCCAACUUGCCCGAGACAGCCUUGGCAACGAAUUAGACACUUCGCAAUCAGGCGCCAGCCCUCAUCCAUCCUUGAACGCGACUCGUUCUGCUGAUUCGGUACUUUCGAAUCACGCCGCCGACCCGUUCGCUCAGGAUGACGACUCGGACCACUUACUGACGAGGGUGUCUCGGCGGAGACGAAAGGUAUCGUCAUCAACUUCGGAUGCUUCAGACUUGGCCGAUCUAUCGGCGGCACUAAAGCAGAGGGUGUGCUCAAAGGGGCCAUCUCGACGGCAUUCUUCGAACCCCAAGAGCACCUCCCUCGACACGUUACGCCGUGAGGCAGAGGCGGCCAGCGAUAUAGACAGCAGCUUCGAAUCAGAUGAUAUGGCCUACCGGCGGGAGACUCGAGUUGCAGCGAGGAGAAAGAGUAUGAUGGUUUAA